UUGGAUGUGCGUGUAUAUGCUUAUUUUGGAAAAAAAUUCAUUCUUUUGUUUAUAUAAAAUCAUUCAGUUCACUGGCAUCACAAAUUAAUCAUAUUCUUUCAUUCUAAUGAAUGACGAUCCAAUAUCAUCAGCUGUCAUGGAGAAUUCGACAAUAUCGAAUCAAUCAUCGAUUGAUAAUAGUCAAAUCGAUGUAAUUGAAGGCGAAGAAAUUCAAUCAUCUACACUGUUCGAACAAUCAAGUGCUGUUGUCAAAAAAAAUGAUGGUCAUUAUUCUAAUAUAAAUGAUUCGGAUAAUUCUGAUAAUGAUAGAAAAUUAAAGAAAUUCUUUUCAAAACCUUUGGAAAGUGAACCAGAACUUCGUAAUACAUCAACAUCGAAUGCAGGAGAAUCUGAAUAUGAAAGUGCAAAUGAAGAAGAGCUUUUAUUCCAGAAUAAUAAUUUUAAUGAUAAUGAUGAUGCCAAUUUGGAACAACAUCAACAACAAUCAUUAUCAGAUGGAAAAAUCGAUGAAAAAUCAAAUGAAUCGAUAAUUCAUAAUAAUGAUGACAAAGAUGAAAUUUCAAAUUGCUAUUAUGAUAAUUCCUAUGCAUUACAAAAAGAAUAUGAUGAUGAUGACAAUGAUGUAGAAGAAGAGGAAGAAUUGACUGAUAAUAUCGGUGAGGAUGAGAUGUGUGACAAUGUUGAUGAGGAAGAGGAGGAGGAUGAUGAAUCUGUCCGAGAUGAUAAGCAUAACAUUAUCGAUAAUUGUCAAGAUACUAAUAAUAAUGAGAAUCCCCGUGAAUGUGGUGAUGGUGAAGAAUCAAUACCAUCAAAAAAUAAGACCAUACAGCCAAUGCUUGAUGAAGAAAAUGUGAAUCUUAAUGACAAUACAAACAAAGAGUGUAUGAUCAAUACGACAAAUGCAACCCAACCUAAAUCUUUGCCAAAAUCUGCAAAAUUAUCUAAAGCUGAAUUAUUAAAAGCAAAACGUAAUCCACAAUAUAUACCACGAAAAGGAUCAUAUUUUGAGCAUGAUGAUCGUGGUAAUGAUGAAGAUGGUACAAAAAACAAAGAAAAUGAUGAGCCAUUAAAUGUUAUUGGUGAAGAACAUGAAAUGAAUGAUUCGGUUAACGAUCAAAAUGUCAAAACUACAUCGGCCAUUGGGAAAAAAUCAAUGCUUUCAUCAAUGAAACUAUGUUCCGAUGAUAUGAAUGAUAGCGUAUAUGAUCAUCAAUCACAAAAAUCUGAUCAAGAUCAACAAGAAGGAAAAUCUUUGCAUGAAAAAACUAAUAUUUUGGAAUCAUCAUCAAAAACGACCAUGGCAGCCCAAUUAGUGAAUAAAAAGAAAUCCAUAUGGGAUAGUGGUGAAAAAUGGCAUCAUGAUAAAUUCAAUGUUGAUGAUCAAAAGCCGAAAACACGUGAAGAAUUAAUCGAAAUUUAUGGUUAUGAUAUACGCACAGAAACGGAAGCACCACGAUUAAAUCGUCGUAGUAAAUAUGGUAAAGGACCUCAACGGUAUUCACGACGAUCGGACGAUGAGAAUGCCUAUGCUAAGAAAACUUUACAUAAAGUGAUUAUGAAAUCGCGAUCAUCCAACGCCGUAGGUACAUCAUCAAAAUUAUCAUCGAACAAGAAUGAUCAUCAUACUAGCAACAAUUUGAGCAAUAACUCAUUUCAAAAGCAAUCUUCGUUGCCCAAUACCAUCAAUAAACGAGAUCGAGUGUUUGAUCGUACUAGUAAUAAUGAUCAUAGUAGUUUGAAUAAUUCAAGAAAGUCCCAUCAAUCAAAAUCUACAGAUGUGUCACCGAAUGCCAAAAUAUUGUUAUCAUAUAGAAAUAGUAAUAUUAGUGGUAAUAGCCAUCAUCAUCAUCAUCAUCAACAUAAUGAUAAUUCUUCGCCAAGAAUCUUUGAAAAUGAUCGAAUUUUCACUAAUAAAUCAGGCGGUAAUAGAUCAUAUUCGAAUAACAUCAAUAAUAAUAUAGAAAAACCGAUUUUGAAAGCAUCAACUCCAUCGAAUAAAUCAAAUGAUGAAAGUGGAAGCGAUUUAAUAACGCAGAAAGUAAAAAGUCUAACCACAGAUAUCAGUGUUGCUGAUCAAAAAGAUAAUAACAAUAAUAACCAAAGUGGUAAUCCAAUGUUUACUAACGAAGAUUUUCCAGCUUUAAUGUCAACAUCUAAAAAUGAUGCUCCAGCCAAUCAAAUGAGUGAUCAAAGUAUUCCUCAAGAAUCUGUAAACAAGAAUACCGCUACUGCUACUAAUAACGAAAGUAAAGUUAUUUAUUAUCAAGUACCAAAUUCCUCAAAUGAAACGAAUCAAACAAAUGAGGAUUCACAUUCAGAAUCAGUUCAAACAGCAACCUUAUCGGAAUCAAAUAUAGGUAGUCAUUCUCUUCAAGAGUAUAGCCAACAGUAUCGUCAACAACAGCAACCAUCAAAUAAUCUAUCAUCUACAACAACAGCUGUUGAAAGUUUACAAUUUGAAAAUUCACGUUAUUCACAUUCGCGAAACAAUAAAGUCACUUCUCAUUAUUAUAAUAGCAGUAAUCAAUCCUGGAAUAAUCAUCGGCAACAAUCAUCAAAAUCACAUCAUCAUAUUUACAAUCAUAAUAAUAGUACAACCAACAACCGGAAAUACAAUAAUAAUAAUAAUAAUGAAUCUAACGUAAUGGUACACCAUCAUGAAGCAACAAUUAACGCUUCUAACAAUAAUGAUGAUUCAAUGAUAAAACGUUAUUCUUCAUUACGGCAACAACAACAAAGAAAUCUGACUUCAAAUGCUGGGACUGUAUCAAAUGUUUCACAGCCUCAUCAAUCAGAAAUUAAUAAUGCACCUCAAUAUAUUGAAACCGAUACAACGACAGUCAAGAAUGCUAUUUAUUAUGAACCAUCUGCUGCGACAAUAGGUGUGGAACCAACUGCGGCAGGAAAUUUUACAUCAACUGCAACUGGAUCAUCAAUUAGUCAACAACAACAAAAUCAUCAUCAUCAUCCUCAUCAUGGACAUCAUAACUAUGUAUCAUCAAUAAACGGAUCACCUGCAUCAGUUACUGUUGGUGGUCCUAAUGUGGUUGCUACAUCCGCUGCUGCUCCCGCAACAGCAACAGCAUUCAUACCUCCAGCAGCAAGCACAUUAAUGGCAUAUUAUCCGAAUUCCGGUCAGUCAACAGGACCGGGUACAACUACUGCCACUGGGCCAUUAAAUUUAUCUCAAACUCAUUUUUAUGCAGCCGAUCAAUCACAAGCUGCAGCUAAUUAUUAUUUAUCCGCUGCGACAGUUGCGUAUCAUCCGGCUGCAGCCCCUUAUCUGCCAACGACAGCAACUUAUCCACCAACAUUAGCAGCUGCUGCAACUCAUCAUACACCUCAUCCGCAUCAAUCUCAUGUGACCACUCGAUUCAUGAAUACAACAGCAUCGGCUACUGGCACGGCUGAAUCGGAUCGUUACUUACAGACAAGACCACCAGUAACAGCCCAAAAUUCAGCAUCUAUUCUCAUGACUGCUGGUGGACAGACUGGAUAUCCUACUGUUGCAGCCAUUGCUGCGGCUUUUCCUUCUGGUUAUCCACAAUUUCCACCACAACCAACGGCAACCACUGGGCAGCAAUCUUCUCCUUUGCCUGCCGGUUAUCCUAAUGUUCAAAUAGGUGGUAAUACUGGUUCGACCGGCCCUCCUAUUUCUGGAUCUGGUUCAACGGCUGCAGCUUUGACCCCAUCUGGCUAUCCAGAAUCAUAUCGUGAUGGUAUAACCUAUUAUGAUAUACGCAGUCAACAACAAGCUAUGCAACGGAUUCAGCAACAACAAUCAAAUAUUAAUAACAAUACUCAAUCACAGUCAACAACAUCAUCUGCCAGUAAUCGUCGGUGCAUAGUAGGAGGCGGUGGUAAAAUUUCUGCUUCGACAAACAAAAUUCACGAAUCAGAUCAAGCUAAUUCCAAUCUCAAAUCAACGGAUGAAACCAAAUCUUCUUCUGCAUCAAACAAUACUAAUAAUAAUGAGUUAUCGGUAAAUAAUUGAAUUAUAUAAGUGAUAUAAUCCUCGAUGAAAAAAUUUAUCUUCAUUGCUUCAGCAUAUUUGUUGGUACAAAAAAAAAUAGUCUGUCUGUUUCACCAAAUUUCAACUUGUCUACAUUAUUUUAUUAUCCUUCCAUAAUUGUAAUUGAA